GUUGGAAGGGGACGGACCCGGGACAACCCUCGGGCUCUCCCCGAACUCUCCGCUCCCUCAGGCGGGGCCGCCUCUCCGUCCCGGACCGCGCCGCUCCCUCAGCCACAGCCGCCCUUCUCUCCCCGAGCGCUCCGCGCCCUCAGGCGGGGCCAUGGCUUCUUCAGGCGGGGCCGCCGCUCCCUCCCCGAGCGCUCCGCGCCCUCAGGCGGGGCCGCGCUCCGCUCCCUCCCUCCCGCCGCCGCCGGAACCGCCGCAGCCGCUCCCGCCCUUUCCGCCGGCGGCGCGCGCGUGACGGCGCCUCCCAAGAUGGCGGACAACCUGCCCACAGAGUUCGAUGUGGUGGUGGUGGGCACCGGGCUGCCCGAGUCCAUCAUUGCAGCAGCGUGUGCCAGGAGUGGCCAGAGAGUUCUGCACGUGGAUUCGAGAAAUUACUAUGGUGGAAACUGGGCCAGCUUUAGUUUUUCAGGAUUAUUAUCUUGGAUUAAAGAAAAUCAGCAAAAGGCAGAUCUCAGUGAUGAAUGUGAGGACUGGAGAAAACUGAUCCUUGAGGAUGAAGAAGCAAUUCCUCUUAGCAGCAAGGAUAAAACUAUUCAACAUGUAGAAGAUUUCUGUUUUGGAGAUCAGGAUUCAGCUGAAGGUGUUGAAGAAGCUGGUGCUCUGCCAAAGCUGCGUGUGCUUGGAGCCCUUGCUGCCCAGGGGGAGUCCCCAGGGCCCCACAAGGAGAGUCCAGCAGAGAUGGGGAUUGCUUUGGGAUCACAGCAGAGUCCAGCAGAGAUGGGGAUUGCUCUGGGAUCACAGCAGAGUCCUGCAGAGAUGGGGAUUGCUCUGGGAUCACAGGAGAGCCCUGCAGAGAUGGGGAUUGCUCUGGGAUCACAGCAGAGUCCUGCAGAGAUGGGGAUUGCUCUGGGAUCACAGCAGAGUCCUGCAGAGAUGGGGAUUGCUCUGGGAUCACAGGAGAGUCCUGCAGAGAUGGGGAUUGCUCUGGGAUCACAGCAGAGUCCUGCAGAGAUGGGGAUUGCUCUGGGAUCACAGCAGAGUCCAGCAGAGAUGGGGAUUGCUCUGGGAUCACAGCAGAGUCCUGCAGAGAUGGGGAUUGCUCUGGGAUCACAGGAGAGUCCUGCAGAGAUGGGGAUUGCUCUGGGAUCACAGGAGAGUCCAGCAGAGAUGGGGAUUGCUCUGGGAUCACAGCAGAGUCCAGCAGAGAUGGGGAUUGCUCUGGGAUCACAGCAGAGUCCUGCAGAGAUGGGGAUUGCUCUGGGAUCACAGCAGAGUCCUGCAGAGAUGGGGAUUCCUUUGGGAUCACAGGAGAGUCCAGCAGAGAUGGGGAUUGCUCUGGGAUCACAGCAGAGUCCUGCAGAGAUGGGGAUUGCUCUGGGAUCACAGCAGAGUCCUGCAGAGAUGGGGAUUGCUCUGGGAUCACAGCAGAGUCCUGCAGCAGCAGAGGUUUCCCCAGGGUCUGAGAAAGAGACUGCAGCAGUGGAGAGCCCUGGAUGCUCUGAGGCAGCCUGGGCAGCUGCAGGGGACGGGGCAGGAGCAGCCCCUGGCCCUGGAGCCGCUCCCAGCACGGCCGACGGCGACUCCGCUCCGCAACCGGCAAAGACAGAAACUGCACCCUCUGAAAAUGCUGCCCAAGAACCAAAGAAAAUCACCUAUUCCCAAAUUGUUAGAGAAGGCAGAAGGUUUAAUAUUGAUUUGGUUUCUAAGCUGCUCUACUCCCGGGGCCUGUUAAUUGACCUCCUCAUCAAGUCCAACGUGAGCAGAUACGCCGAGUUCAAAAACGCCACGCGGGUUCUCGCCUUCCGCGAGGGCAGAGUGGAGCAGGUGCCUUGUUCUAGAGCAGAUGUCUUCAACAGCAGACAGCUGACCAUGGUGGAGAAGAGAAUGCUCAUGAAAUUUCUGACAUUUUGUCUGGACUAUGAACAGCACCCUGAGGAAUACCAAGAGCACGAGUCCAGCACGUUUGCUGAGUUCCUGCAGACACGGAAGCUGACCCCCAGCCUGCAGCACUUCAUCCUUCACUCCAUUGCAAUGGUGGCAGAGACUGACAGCAGCACUCUGGAAGGGCUUCAGGCAACAAAAAAAUUCCUGCAGUGCCUUGGCCGCUACGGCAACACCCCGUUCCUGUUCCCUCUGUACGGGCAGGGAGAGAUCCCCCAGUGCUUCUGCAGGCUGUGUGCUGUGUUUGGGGGGAUCUACUGCCUCCGUCACGCCGUGCGCUGCCUGGUGCUGGACAGAGCCUCGGGCCGGUGCAAAGCUAUUGUGGAUCAAUUUGGACAAAGAAUAAGUGCCAACUAUUUUAUUGUGGAAGACAGUUACCUCUCAGAGAGCACAUGCACCAAUGUGUGUUACAGGCAGAUCUCCAGGGCAGUCCUCAUUACAGAUCAGUCUGUAUUGAACACAGACUCAGAGCAGCAGGUGUCCAUCCUGACGGUGCCUCCCCUGGAGCCGGGCAGAGCAGCCGUUCGUGUCAUCGAGCUCUGCUCCUCCACCAUGACGUGCAUGAAGGACACCUAUUUAGUCCAUCUAACCUGUCCAUCAACUAAAACUGCAAGGGAAGAUUUAGAGCCUGUUGUACAGAAGUUAUUCAAUCUAAAUACAGAAAAAGAGACUGAAAAUGAAGAACUGCAGAAACCCAGAGUCCUCUGGGCAGUCUACUUCAACAUGAGAGAUUCCUCAGGAGUGGAGAGGAGUUCCUAUGCUGGCUUGCCCUCCAAUGUUUAUGUCUGCUCUGGGCCAGACUCUGCUUUGGGGAAUGACUGUGCUGUCAAACAGGCUGAGACUAUUUUCAGAGAAAUGUUUCCAGCAGAGGAGUUUUGCCCCCCACCACCGAAUCCAGAAGAUAUUAUUUAUGAUGAAGAUGAGAUUGAGCCAGAAGAGUCUGGAUUGAAUAAUUCACCAGAGACAAAGCCUGAAACCUCAGCUGAGGAGAGCAGUAGUGAGGGUGGUGCUGCUGUUACAAAGGAAGAAUGAAUGAAUGAGUGAAUGAAUGAAUGAAUGAAUGAACAGUGUUCUCUUAGGAGAAGAGCAGGUAGACCCAAACUAGGACAUAAGGGAGGAAGGGUAAGAAAAAGAGGUUUAAAACCCCCAGAGAUGUGUUAUUUGACAUUGCCUUACUUUCCUUAGCUUGGAUCAUUUUUUAAAGUUGUUUCAUUAGUAGCUGAGACACUUCUAAACAGUCACAGGUCCACCAGAUCCAGUGGGGUUUGUAGCUAAACAAAAAAAAUACAGAAUGAAUCAUCUGAAUUGAAAGUGCUAAAAUAGGAUUCAUGAUUUAUUGAGAUAAUUUGGUUUUGUUUUACAUCUUGGAAAGAAUCCUCCAUCUUUUAAAGAAGAAGUCAAAACUAAGCAAAAAGAAAAAAGUGCAAGUUUGUUUGCCAGUUAGAAAAUGAUUUCUACUAAAAAUCCUUGGAUCUCUGCUAAUUAAACAGCUGAAGGUGAGGCUCACCAUCUGUCCUUCACAGUGGCCUUAUGAAUGGAAUUUAAAGGCAAUAAUAUUGACAGUUCUGCAGUGGCUUUAUUGUAUGGUUUGGAAACUGAUGCCAUAAUCAAGUAGGAAAUAUAAUCCAGCAGAUGUUCCUCACAUGGGAUUAUUUUACAUUCAGUUUUUUUUAGUAAGACCUAACAGAUGACACAUUUUCUCCAGUGAUUUCAUUUACUGGAGUCAGGAAAAUGGCAGAAUUUAAACUUAAUGCCAGAUUUCCCAGCAGAAUUCAGUCAUAAAUGGAGCAUUCCUGUUCUUAGUCUCCCUGGAUUUGUUGCACAGUUUGGGCUUUUAGUAAGCCAAUGGUUACUUUUUGAAGUUUAGGGUCUGAGAAGUUUAAAUGACCAUCAGCUGAGGGGGUGUGUGGUGGAGAGAAGGUUCAACUGAUAAUUCCAAAGGUUUGUAUUGAUCCCAGUUAAUAGAUUAAAGUUAGUGUAAACUAUGCAUUUUGUAAUGAUAAACCAUGAAGCAUUUAUACAAUAAAAUGUAUUGAACUAUUUAUAAACCUAGUUUGUAUGAAAAAAACUACCAAAUGAGAAAGCUGCUGUAAAUGACCAUGUUUAACUUGCACUUCUUCUGAACCAUGCUUGAAAUCAGAUCUGAAAAGUAUUUCUCAUGUACUUAAUUAUUUACUUUAAAAUGCACACCCAGUAGAUCAGUAGUAUCUCUAGAGCUGAUGAGUUGGGGUUUAAACUUCUCCAUGAGGGUAGAGCCAGUUCCAGGAGUGCUUAAAUACUGUAAGUAAAUCAAAAAUGCCAUUGAGUCCUGAACAUUGAGCUCUGCCUGGCCCUGCCACAGCCAGGCUGCUGUACAGCCCUGUGGUGCCUGUGCCUGCCCUGAGCCUGGCUCCAGGCCAGCAAGGGGAAUUGAUUUAUUUUUUUACAGCAUAACUGAUACUGUUCUCUUUGUCCUGCAUGGUGCCCACUGUCCAGUCUGCAUUUCAGGGUUAGUGUUUGCUCCUGUGUUGGGUAGGUACUGGUGUGUGUGUGUGUCUGUGUGUGCAUAAUCCAGAGUGCUGACACAAACACGUGGCUGGAAUGGUCCCAGUGUUCAGCAGCUGUAACCUCUGGAUGCUUGUGACUGAGCAGUUAUUUAUAUAUAUAAAUAUAUCUAUUAAUGAGCAGGCUGCCUCUUCAUUUAGCUGUAAUUUCUCUGUAUUGGGAAGCAUGGGGGUGUAUGAUUUUAUUUAACAUCUGCAGAUCUGUAAAAGAGCUGACUGGAGGGACCCAUCCCUGUCUCACAAAAACAGGGAUCAUAGCUGAAUCUCUCAUCUGUGUUUACAAGGAAAUCUCUUGAUGAAAAUUAAAGGUUUGC